CCCGACCCCCCUCCACCUCCACCUCCCUCCCUCUCCGCACUUCCAUUUUUCCUCCCGACCACCUCAACCAGCCCGCCCGCCCUUUCUCCUCUACCGUUCCCCGCCCGAAGCCUUCCUCCGUUCCCCGGAUCAGCCGGCUGCUUCUCCUGCUCCGUCUGCUGCCCGGGGCGCGGCGGCCGGGGUUACCGGAGGGGGUUCUUCGCUCUGCUCUCGCGGUGUUUGUCUGUUUGUCUGUCUGUGCGCCAGCACAAGUCCGGUGCUCCUUGGUGUCUGUCGGGCGACUCUCGGUCUCGUCGUUAAUGCGGCGGCGCCUGUGACCGGGAGACCGAGGAGGAGGCAAAGGGGUGGAGGAAGGACCCGUUUCUCGGACGACGAGGGAUGUCAGGAAUGGAAGGGGACGAGGCGGGGGCUGCGGCGGCGGCAGCGGCAAGGAUAAGGGUGGUGCGCUGCCCCAAGUGCGACAAGUUCCUGCCGGAGCUGCCCGCCUACUCCGUCUACGUUUGCGGCGGGUGCGGCGCCACCCUCCAAGCGAAGAGGAAAAACUCGGCUCAAGCUUUGGAUACCUCUGAUAAUGGAAAUAUGAAAUACCUGGAAGUACUGGAGACUGUGCCAGAGACAUCUGAAGCAACAAUGGCUGGAGCUAGCAUUGAAUAUAAAUCAGUACCCAACAGAAUGCCACCUUUGCACAGUAGAUCAGUUUACAGCCGUGAUAAUAGUCGGAUUGCAAGAGAGACAAGCACCUCCAGUGUCAAAGCUAACACGAGAGAUGAUGUCAGGGAGGCCAAGUACAUGCGCUUUCGUAAUGUGGAAAAUGGAGAGACUGCACAUCCUGUAAGAGCAAGAGGUGUAUCUGACAUAAGGUCAAGGUCACCAAUAGACAGUGUUCCACCCAAUGCAUGUCGAGGAGAAGGCCCUGCUGACCACCAUUUGAAGUCGAGGAACACAUAUUCCAACCGGGAGCAUGCCAAUGAUACAGACUUGGACGGUCCAAGCAGAGUCAGGGAUCUUGAGAAAGAUCGGGCCGAGCUGUUGAGGAUGCUUGAUGAGUUGAGAGACCAGGUGCAGCAAUCGUGUGAGGUGAAUGGGCCGGAUACAAGUGCUACAGUCAAUAGAGCAGCAGAUGCCUCAAGUUCAUACAAUAAUAUUCAUGAACGGUCAAGUCAAUUUAGGCAUGAUCCAUCUCAAUUGCAUCGGAAGGGUACUCAUCACUCUUCAUCCAUGAAUAUGCGGAAUCCUAGCGUUCCACAUGUCUAUGGUCCAUUGCCUGCACAGCAAAACCUUCAUGGAUAUGUGGAGCCUAUUCCACAUGCAAGAACCUCUAGCUAUCCUGCUGGCCCUUACCCAUGGAGAAAUUUCGAUAACUAUUUCUUUGGACAACAUGAUCCUGACCCUCUCCUCUCUUGCCACCACGAAGGAUUCUACCACCAGGCUGCCUGUUCUUGCUCACAUUGCUACCACCGGGAGUUCUUGCCUGUACAGGGAACCCCCCUGGGUUUCAGUGACCAGAGGGCACCGUAUCUUGUGAACAGUUACGGGGCCUAUCCUGUGGAUGGUCCCUUGCUUGGUCAGCAAAGGUACAAUUCAAGAGGUGCCAAUCCUUCCUUGCAGCAGCAUAACCUGAGGGCCAACGUAAGCAAGAAGCCUGCACAAACUUGUGAGCCAAUUGCCGGUGGUGCUCCUUUCACCAUAUGUUACAACUGCUAUGAAGUACUGCAGCUACCAAACAAACGCUCCUUGUUGGGAAAGGAGUAUAAAUUGCGGUGUGGAUCAUGCUCACACACAAUUGUAAUCAAGCUUGAUGGAACCAGGCUUGAUGUAUCAGAACUUGCGCCAAAUGCACAUUUAUCUCCUGCACCGCAAAAUGGCAUUGGUGAUAACAUGGCAGACAACUUGCGUGCUACUGCUGAUGAUAGGUUGCUUCCACCAUAUGCUUUUUCUGUAGCAAGCCAGCAAUCUCAGGAAAAGGAUAAACACUCAAAUUCAAGCGAAACAGACAGCAAACGUACCCCUCUGGGGACUAAUUCUGAGGAUAGUCCUCAAUCCAGGGAUCUUCCUGCUGAAGACAAUGUGAUUUCCCGCACACCGAGUUUACCACGUCGUGAUAACUGUGGAUUCUCACCAUCUGAAGGUUCUGGAAUAGGAAGCAGAAGUACCCGUUCUGAACAUGAAAAGGUUGUACUGUUAACUGAAACUUGCAAGCAGAACUCAAUCAAAGAUGUAUGUGUAGCAGACGAGACGCACUCGACAGAUAACGAGUUUGAUGAUCCUGAUUACACACAAGAUAUAUUAAAUGUACCACAAGAUCCUGGCCACACUAGGGCGACAAAGGUGGGUGAUUCAUUUUUCACCAAUCUUAUAAAAAAGAGCUUCAAAAUGAACAAUGGAACACGCAAUGGAAGAGCAAGGGUUUUUGUAAAUGGUUUCCCUAUCCCAGACCGUGCGGUCAGGAAGGCUGAGAAGCUAGCUGGGCCAAUAUAUCCUGGUGAUUACUGGUAUGACUACCGUGCUGGGUUCUGGGGUGUUGUCGGUCAGCCCUGCCUUGGCAUGAUACCCCCUUAUAUUCCAGAGUUUAAUUACCCUAUGCCCAAGAAUUGUGGUGGUGGAAACACUGGCAUAUAUAUUAACGGAAGAGAACUCCACCAGAAGGAUUUGGAUUUACUUGUAUCUCGAGGACUCUCUGAUUCCCCUGAAAGAUCUUACAUAGUUGAAAAUUCUGGGAAAGUUACGGAUGAAGCAUCUGGCGAAGAGCUUUAUGGCCUUGGCAAGCUUGCACCAACCGUCGAGAAAUUGAGGCGCGGAUUCGGUAUGCGUGUCCCCAAAGUUAUCGUGACGGGCCAGCACGGUACAAUCAUAACCCACGGGUAAGCUCGGGGAUGAAGAACCUGUGGUGUAGCUGCAUCCAAGAACAUGGAGAUUUGAAGAUCAAUUGUGGCAGUCUGGCAGAUCUGAUUUCCAGAAUUUGUUUUCAACUUCAGCCUAUGUGGAUGUGGCCUCCGAGUUCUUGUGCUUGUUGGAUUGUUUAUCCGAGGCCUCCUAUAGAGGCGUGCUUGUAAUUUUUCUACUACCUAGCUAGACGUUUUGAGUGAGAAGUUGGGUUGUUUUGUUUGUUUGCUUGUUACAUUUUCUUGACACACCAACCUUACCUACCUAAAGAUUUACUACCUUUCCAGUGUGAGUCGGCCGCAUCACCCUCGUGAAAAUGAGGGGAAGGAGACUGCACUGACUUCUAGCAUUUUGUUUUACAGGAUUAGUGUCA